AUCGCGGCGCGUUGCAUCAGCCGAGCACGCAGGUUACCCUGCUGCUUCCCGGGAGCGCCUGACAGUUGUCUUGCGGCGCGGCGCAGAGCUGAGGCGGCGGUUUAUCCUGCCGGCGUAGAAGUGGAGGCGGCCGAGCAGCAGAUUCUUGUUCAGAAGGAGAAGAAGGAAAUAUCUGGAAAGAAGAAAAACAUGGAAGGAACUGGUGAUAGCAGUCGCACAGAGCUUAGUCCAUGGCCUGAAUAUAUUAACCAACGCUUAGAAAUGUACCAUAAACUUAAAGCUGAACAUGAAGCUCUCAUGGCAGAACGAGCUGCUAAAGAAAGCCAGCCCAUUAAAGUGACCUUGCCUGAUGGCAAACUAAUUGAUGCUGAGUCCUGGAAGACUACACCAUACCAAAUUGCCUGUGGAAUCAGUCAAGGUUUGGCUGACAACACUGUUGUAGCUCGAGUGGACAAAGUGGUUUGGGAUCUUGAUCGUCCUCUGGAGAGAGACUGUACCUUGGAAUUACUUAAGUUUGAUGAUGAUGAAGCUCAAGCGGUGUACUGGCAUUCUAGUGCUCACAUAAUGGGCGAAGCCAUGGAAAGAGUAUAUGGCGGUUGCUUGUGUUAUGGCCCACCGAUAGAGAAUGGAUUUUAUUAUGACAUGUUCCUUGACGAGGGGGGUGUCUCCAGCAAUGACUUCCCUGCCCUAGAGGCCUUGUGCAAGAAAAUCAUGAAAGAGAAACAACUCUUUGAGCGACUGGAAGUUAAGAAGGAAACUUUACUGGAAAUGUUUAAGUACAAUAAAUUCAAGUGUCGGAUCUUAAAUGAAAAAGUCAACACUCCAACAACUACUGUAUACAGGUGUGGCCCUUUGAUUGAUCUUUGUAGGGGGCCCCACGUCAGACACACUGGGAAAAUAAAAGCCUUAAAAAUACAUAAGAACUCUUCUACGUAUUGGGAGGGAAAGUCUGAUAUGGAAACCUUGCAGAGGGUUUACGGCAUCUCCUUCCCCGAUGCAAAAAUGCUGAAAGAAUGGGAGAAGUUCCAAGAGGAGGCAAAGAACCGGGAUCACAGGAAAAUUGGACGGGAUCAAGAGCUCUUUUUCUUCCAUGAACUCAGUCCUGGUAGCUGUUUCUUCCUACCAAAGGGCGCUUACAUCUAUAAUACCCUGAUAGAAUAUAUCAAGAGUGAGUAUCGAAAACGAGGCUUCCAGGAAGUUGUGUCUCCAAACAUCUACAAUAGCAAGCUUUGGGUAACCUCUGGGCACUGGCAGCAUUAUAGUGACAACAUGUUUUCGUUUGAAGUGGAAAAAGAGAUCUUUGCCCUGAAGCCAAUGAACUGUCCUGGACAUUGUCUUAUGUUUGAUCAUCGGCCAAGAUCUUGGAGGGAGCUACCCCUGCGCCUGGCUGACUUUGGAGUUUUGCACCGUAAUGAACUGUCUGGAGCACUGACUGGUCUCACCAGAGUGAGGCGGUUCCAGCAAGAUGAUGCUCACAUAUUUUGUGCCAUGGAACAGAUUGAAGGGGAGAUCAAGAGUUGCCUGGAGUUCUUGCGCACGGUGUAUGACGUCUUCGGUUUUUCUUUCAAACUCCACCUCUCUACCCGCCCCGAAAAAUUCCUUGGAGAUGUUGAACUGUGGAAUCAAGCUGAAAAGCAACUUGAAAAUAGUCUGACUGAAUUUGGCGAGAAAUGGGAACUCAACCCCGGAGAUGGCGCUUUCUACGGGCCGAAGAUUGAUAUCCAGAUCAAAGACGCCAUUGGGAGGUACCAUCAGUGUGCCACCAUCCAGCUGGAUUUCCAGCUCCCUCUGAGAUUUAACCUCACAUAUAUGAGCCAUGAUGGUAAUGACAAAACAAGACCAGUGAUUGUACAUCGUGCUAUUUUGGGAUCAGUGGAGAGGAUGAUAGCUAUCCUGACUGAAAACUAUGGAGGCAAAUGGCCACUCUGGUUAUCUCCUCAACAAGUGAUGGUAAUACCGGUUGGACCAACAUGUGAUGAAUAUGCACAAAAGGUGAAGCAGCAGUUCCAUGAUGCUGGCUUAAUGACGGACGUUGACGUGGACCCUGGUUGCACUCUGAAUAAGAAGAUAAGAAAUGCUCAGCUUGCCCAGUACAACUUUAUUUUAGUUGUUGGUGAGAAAGAGAAGUCCUGUGGGACUGUGAAUAUACGUACAAGAGACAACAAAAUUCAUGGUGAGCGUACUGUGGCUGAAACAGUGGAAAGGCUUCUGCAGCUAAAGCAUUCACACUGCAAAAAUGCCGAAGAAGAGUUUUAACCAAAUCCUUUGCUUCUUCACCUCCGGCCAGAGCUAGCAUUCCCUUUCUCCUAAGUUAGUAGUCUUGAAGGAUAACAAUUUUGCACUAUCCUGUAUUUGAAAUGGGACUUUUGUCACAUAAGUCAAACAUGUUUAUAUGUUCAGAAUUCAAACAGAGAUGAAGCUGAAAGUCUUUGUAUGAUGAGGGAGAUCAUUUUGAUUGGCAACUGGAUAAAAGCUUAUGAAAUGAUAGAUAUAAGACCCAAAGAACAAAGGGACAAUGUAAAGACUAAUCCGUGAUUCAGAUACUACAGUAGCAAAUUUGAUCAAUGCUUUUCUUCACAGAAUAAAUUUGGUUAAAAAAUGCCUUCCGAUUUUCAGCAA